UGCUGUUUUAAUAGAAUAGAUACUUUUUAGCUCUUGUUAGAUAAAGAGAGCACGGAGAGUGAAGCGACGUCGUUUUGGGUUUAGGUGGGAGAAGGUAUGUCGCUGGUAGACUACGACGAUUCUUCUUCAUCCGACGACGAUGUCUUACCUGCUGCGGCGGAGCACAAGGAAGCUCUCACACAACAACCGCAACAGAAACAGAAACCCGCUCCAGCUCCUUCAAUUACACGGAGAUCUUUAAAGGAGAAGGAAAAAAGUGAAGAGCUUCCUCAGCUACCAGAUGCUUUACUUCUUCUGGAGUCACCGAGACUCACACAUGUGAGUGGAAAUGACCAUGCCUCCGUUGUUGCAGCUGCAAUGGCUGAAAGUGCAUUACGGAAACGAGAGUUCAAUGGGAAAUCUUCUUCUCUUCCUCGUCGUUCCAAGCUACCUAGAGGGAAUCUGCCUCAUUUCAAGAAUAGCCCAGAUACUUUGGGUAAUGUCCUUGUGCCUCCUCAGCUCAAAGGAAGGAGCAAUGUUGCCACAGAAGAUAUGAGCAGGCUUUUUGUGAAAAAACGACUAGACUCCUCCAAGGCAAGAUCUCCUGAUCAGGGAUAGUUUCCGUCAAACUUAGGAUGGUUUUGUUUCUUUCCGACUGAUUCCAUAAAACAGAGUGUGUGAUGGAACUUAACUCUUUUCAACAGAUCACUUGAAUAUUUUAUUCAAUAGUAACUUAUAAGACAAACGCUUGUGAAGCCUCCAUAUUAUUAACAUAGUAGGACAUGAGACGGAUGAAAGGUUUUGUAACAGUAACAAAGUUAUUAUAAACACAUAAGCUAAACA